AGAGAAUAUUCCUAUUUUUCCUAUCUGCUAGUGACGAUUGUCUAACCAUAAAUACAUAUCCCUUAAAUUGAGGAAAUACACAGCUAUGUGUUGUCAAUAUUGUUAGUGAUAUUAACGGCCUAUAUGAUGUAAGAUAUUUAGAGUUAUUGAUUAAUUCUAACACCCCAUCUCAAGGUAGAGUGUGUCUCUAUCAUUCCAAGUUUCUCUCUGAAGAAUAUGAAUCUCGAGUGAGAGUGAAGUUUUAUCAGUAUGUCUGCAAUUUGAUUUGAGGAUGGAAAAAAAUGCACUUCUAGUUCUUUCUUCAAAACUUUGUCUCUCGCAAAAUGGGCAUCCAGUUCUGUGUUUGGUAGGGCAUGAUACACUAGAUUUGAUGCCAGUGUACUUGCACUCGGACUGUCACACCAGAUUUUAGGAAUUGCAUAACUGAAUCCAAGCUAUUUCUGAUGCACUAUAAGCUAGUGCUCUAUACUCAACCUCUAUGCUGGAUCUUGCAACAACAUGUUUCUUAGAACACCAAGAAACCAAACUAUCUCCAAGCUAGCUCAUUUGCUACUAUAUCUGUCAAUAUUAAUUCUAUUCCCAUACUUAAUGGGACAAACUUUAAGGAUUGGAAGAAGAACAUAUUGAUUGUUCUUGACUGCAUAGAUCUAGACUUUGCUCUUCGGAUCAAGCAAUCCACUCCUCUUACGGAAGAAAGUUCACUUGUUGAAAAGAGGAACUUUGAGAAGUAGGAUUGCUCAAAUCGCAUGAGUCUAAUGAUCAUUAAGCACGGCAUUCCGGAAGCCUUUAGAGGUGCAGAUACCGAAGAGGUAUCUAAUGCCAAGGAUUUCCUUGCUGAAAUUGAGAAGCGUUUUGCGAAAAAUGAUAAGGCUGAAACAAGCACUCUUUUGCAGAGCUUGAUUUCAAUGAAGUACAGAGGCAAUGGGAACAUAAAGGAGUACAUCAUGGAGAUGUCUCACAUUGCUUCAAAACUUAAGAGACUAAAGCUCGAGCUAUCUGAUGACUUACUCUUCCAUUUGGUAUUGAUCUCGCUUCCUGCACAAUUCAGUCAAUUUAAGGUCAGUUAUAACUGCCAGAAGGAGAAAUGGUCUCUAAAUGAGCUCAUUUCAUAUUGUGUGCAAGAGGAAGAAAGGUUGAAGCAAGAAAUGACUAAAAGUGCUCAUUUGGUAAGCACAUCUAAGGAUAAGGCAAGAAAAAUAGGAAGGAAUAUAAAGCUACUCAUAAGGGUCCAGCAUAAAAGAAAAAGAAGGAAGACAAAGGAAUUGUUUCUUUUUCAACAAACUGGACAUGUGAAGAAGGAUUGUGCCAAAUAUCGCGAUUGGCGUGCAAAGAAAGGGCUGCCUGAACUACCGAAAGCUAAAUGAUGGUGAAAGAUACAUCUAUGUAGGUGAUGGCAAAUCUGUGGAAGUUGAUGUAAUAGGCACUUUUAGGUUGUUAUUAAGAACUGGUUAUCAUUUGGACUUGAAAGACAGUUUUGUUGUACCGUCUUUUAGACGGAAUUUAAUUUCUGUUUCUU